GCGCCGCCUCUGCUCACUCGACAUUCGGCCCGAGUCUGCCGAGCGCGCUGCGUGUGUCCCGCGCUCUCCGCCAACCAAACUUUACUCGCUUCCACGAUCGUGAAUCAAGUGCUUUAUGAACAAACAGUUUCAACUUGACUUACACUAGUGACAGUUUUUGUGUUGUUUGAUUUUGUUUUGUGAACAUUGGAGGUGCCCAAUAUUCCGAUACCGGCUAUUAGGCUGCGCCGGCGCCACACCACGGACGCCAGUUAUGAUGUGAGCGGCGCACAGCACCGCGCGUCUCCCAAGGUGUCUGCGAUGUGGUACGUGUGGUGCGCGUUAUUGUGGUCGUCCUGUGCGCUGGGGGCGGCAGUGGAGCCUGAGGCCACUACGGAGGCCGUGCCGAUGGCGACGACGUCGGAGGCGCCGCGCACGCUGGACCGGCAGGCCUCUGAACUCGCAUGGCGCUCCUGGCUCAAGAGUCCUGAGAGCGGCAACCCCAGCGCCCCGCCAAGAAGGAUCAUCACAAAGUCGCUCUUCAUCACGCCUUAUGUGUGCCCUAAAGGACAACGGCUAGACAGAAACGGAUGCGUUCAGAUGGUAACGGUGAACAAAGAUGAGCACGAGCGCAUCCUCCUCGAACAACUGAACGCGCUGUUCACGUCGCCGCCGAGCGACGUCAUGUACGACUACGGCGACGAGGAGGCCGGCCCCCUGCAGCUCUCCAUACCCAUCGGUCUGGACCCCCAAGCCGCUCCGCUGCAGUCGCAUGAGCCAGCCGCUGAGGCUCACGAACAGCAACUGAACGUUGUCAAAAAAGACGAAAACAAACCUAAUAACGACGCGAGCAUAGAAGCCGAAUUAGAACUUCUGAAACUGCAACAUUCGAAACCAGAUAACGAUACUGCCUCGCUCGGAGGCGCCGGCAUCCUGAAUCACAACGUGUUAAACAACUUCUUACCGUACGCGGAUAAACCGAAAAGAGACAGUCCCGCGGCAAAUUUAACUGAGUCAUCUCAAACUAACACUACUGACCUAGGACAGAAGGAGCAAGUUUAUGGCCACGUUAACGUCGACCCAGUUGUUUACGGUACGGAAUACCAAAAUCAACAAUAUGACGAUUUACCUAAAGAAACAGAGGUAACAACUGAACAAACAACAGAGUCAACGCCGGUACUAGUUAAUGAGACAAUUGUUAACAAUACCGAUGUAGACAAGAAUAAUAGUGUUAUUUUAACGCCUGUUCAGAAUCAAACAAAAGAUGACGUCACUACUGAAAAAUCUGGCAUAAGCACUAAUUUAGAUGAGCACUUGACAAAGGAUAAAACUAAAUUGAGCCCCGAAAGCGAGUAUUCCGACAUCGGAGAAGCAAUAAAACUGAUUAGUCGCUACGCCGAGGUAACAACUGACGACAAUUUUGCUAAAGAUCAGAAGAAAUACGCUUCGAAAGACGAUAGCGUACUCGGCACACGCACCAAACCACUUCAGCAUCGUCGCAAUAAGCCCCUCGAACUGGCUGAGCCGCCGUUGCCAAUUCCGCAUGUUUUCCCACAAGACACCAAGGAAAAGCCGAUAUCGACAGGUUACGUGCCUAACGAGGGUUACUACCGCUAUCCCUGGACAAGCCAACAUAUCGUUACUCCUCCACCGAAUUACCCGUUUCGUCAUUUACAAGAUUACUGGCCUGAUAGGCGCCAAGUGGGCGGGGUCUACGCUGGCGUAGGCCACGAGAAUCCCAGGAGACAUCAUCAUUCGUACCCGCACAGCUACUACCGACCGCACGGGCUACCGGACGCGAGCCAGGCAGGCGUGUACCUGAGGUCGGAGGACGCCGCUCAGCCGCAGGAGUAUCCGUACAAGACCCACGCGAGCCCGAUGCGCUCCCACAACCAGGACCUCUACACUCUGCUCGGUCUAAGGCACUGGUUCAGCAGCGAAAGUACUUCAAAAAGAUAGCUCACUUCCCCCAACGCUAGACAAUUCGAUGUUACCCGACGACUUAUAAUGGAAGCUAUGGAAGAAAUGUCAUAGAAAGUAAUACAAAUAAAAUGAUUACUUAUUGCUCCAAACAUAGGCGAAAAUUAGCAACUUUAAUAGCAAAUGUACUUAUAACGAUCCUUAGUCCUAUCUGUUUGCGUUUAACAUUUCUGUCAAUAGCUUUCAAUAUAUUAGCCUAUUUAUUUUAAAGCCAAAUAUUACAGUCAUACAUAGUUAAGUUUUUAUUAGCUGUUUAAGUUUUUUGUAAAUACGCCUACUUAUACAUUUUAAGUGUUUCAUCUGAGUAUUAUCGUUGUUUAAUUUAAAUGUAAAUUGUUUAUGAAUUAUCAAUUACUAAUUUAAAUUACUUAUAUUUAUUUGAUGUAAUUAUUUUGAUGUUAUUUUCGUUGUGAACUGUGGUAGUGUGUGUAGUAGAUGUUUGGUGUAUAGUGACGUUGUCUUAGUUUAUUAUGAACGUAGGUACUGGCGCUGGCUUGCCUAACCCCCUUUCAAGGAUAAUAUCAAAUAAUCAGAAAUUGCGUAGAUAAUUAUAAUAAACAUUGGCGUUAUUUACCAAGUAGAUAAUAAGUUUAGCAUACAUGUUCUUCAGACAAUAACUUUGUGAUUUCCGACACCUAUGAAACCCACCUUUAUCAAUGAAAACACUGAAAAUUAUCCUUGAAAGGAAACUAAGUUAAAUUUAUUGGCUCGUCGGAGCCGCACGCAGACUUGCCUCAUAUUUUAUAGAAUUUGAUGAGAUUGAAGGACGUCUGUUCCUGGAUAAUUUUAAGUUCUUGAAUGUAUAUUAUGUAUAAUUUUCGUACAAUCUCAGUCAAUGUCUUUAAUUUUCAAAAUGUAUUAGUUUCGUGUAUUUUUAACGUAUUGUUUAACUAACUUACUCAUAACUUGUCUACCGAACUAUUACAAAUACAUAUAACGAUCCCACCAAAGCUUAGAUUAAGUAUUAGAAUAUCUAAUAGAGACGCAUUGGUGCAUUUUAACUGACUAAUACAAAUGAACUAUAUCAAUUAACGAAUUAUGACAUAAAGAAUGUAUUUUUCAGAAAUAUUGAAUGACUAUUUAAAAUAUAUUAUCAAUGAAGCAAUAUAUUUUUGUAACAGUCUAAUAUGACUAGGGAUUUGGGCUACUUCCUGACAGUUUUAAUCGUGAUAUUAAAGUAUACCGGUCACAUUAUUACACUCACAUAUUUUAAUGUGUAGUGUAGUAUUAAUAAAAAGUGUAGGUACCUGUUCGGAUUUUUUUUAUAUAUAGAAUAGAAAAAACAAUAUUGCUUUUAAUACAAAAACAAUAUACCUGUCUAUAUUUUCCAUUUGAAAAACUUUAUUCACAUAGUUAUUUUUUAGUUAUCAUGGCUAACCACUCGAUAUGAAUCUGAAGACGUACCGGUAUAUGUGAAAUGGCUAUAUUUUUUCUUUAUAAAACCAAUCAAUGGGCACUUUUGAUCCUAUGUAGAAAAACUUAUUAACUUCUUAUUUAAAAGUCAGAAAUACACCUCGGUGAAUCUUUCCUAUAUUAUGGAGAUAAAGUUCCAUUCCGCCAGUCACCAUUAAUUAUAUACAAUAGGUAUUAAAUCAUUUGAGAACCCCGGAUCCAUUCGGAAAUUAACUACUAAAUCCGUGAUAGAAAAUGUAUAUUGUGAAAGCAAACUUCCUUUAUUAAAGUACCUACCUACGCAUAGACGUUCUUUCUUCAUUCUUUUAAAGUUUAAAUUGUUAAUAAGAAUAAUAAGCAGUGUUUACGUACUAAGGUAUACUUCGUCAGUCACAAUUUGUAACCAGUGGAUCCACUUUACAAAAUAUCGAAAGUACAAAAAACAUCUUCAUAUUUAUACUUUUUAAAAGAGACUUACCUCGAAAGUAUUGCGUAGGUUCUCAUCUCAUUCCAUAUUUCUAAACAUGUCGCGUCUUUAUAUAAAGUUCACGUCACGAGCUGCAAGACCUGAGCCGAGUCUUGGCAACACUUCAAUUCCUGAUUGCGACUGUUUUUGCGCUAAAAACGGUUUGCGUAGGCCCAGCCCGACUAUGUGCAUCGGUCAAGUUUUGCACAAAUAUCAACUGUUUACUGUACAAAUAGAUUAAGGUAUUAUAAGUAGUGAACUCUUAAUAUAAUAAAAACAACUUGAAACAGAACUUACGAGAGACGAGGGUAAUCUUCAUGCAAUUUCUUCUGGGACAAAGUUUAGGUCGCCUUACGUAUACUCUAUCAGAGAGCUCGAUCACAUUCAGUUGUUUACACAUCUGCGUCUGUCUUAACUUUAUUUAAAAAUUCGACAAGACUAUUUAGAUAAUAGACAGUUAGUUUAUUAUUUUAUUAAACUCUGCCUAAUAGGCUAGUAUGUAUUUCUUGGUCACUGUUAGUUCUGUUUUGAAUGUUGUCGUAAAAUAUAUCUCUAAAAUUUGAAUUACUAUACUGCAUUUCGAUGAAUUACACGAAUAUGAUUAUCUGCCAGUAUUUUAUUAUUGUAAAUAUUAAAUGUGUUAUAUUAAAACUGAAUCAAAUGGGAA